CUGAAGAGGAAAAUAAUAGUACUUCUUUUAAUUCGAUUGAAACUGAAGAUUUUGACCGUACUGAUGAAAGCGGAGAAAUUUUGGAAUGAAACGAAACGAUUGAUAUUAGUUCUCUUAUACCAAAAAAAUUUCCCGGCGAAAUACAAAAAAUAAUUGAUGAUAAAGGAGAAAUGGCGGAAAGCCAAAAAAGCUUUAUUGUAAGAUUAAUUUCAGGAAAAUUAGUGGAUGCGGGGUUGGACAGCCCAAGUGUCGUCCUCGAGAUGUCCAUUCUUUUGACUAAUGCAUAUCCAAAAUAUUUCAAGUGCCCAUAUGGUGAAGAUCAUGAUCAGACGUACGCUCGAUUUAAGAAUUCGAUGAAAUAUUUAAAAACGAAAGCAAGAAAAGGAACAAAUUCGCAAAGCAAGUCUUCUUCGGCUAUACCUACGAAUAAGAAACUUGGCAUGAAGCAGGAGUUACGUUCAACAAGAGACACCUGAAUGAAGGCCACUAAUAAAACAACUGCUUCAGAAAUAUUAAAAGAGUGUCCCGCUUUACGUAAAAAGGAAAUGCUUCUUCUGGAAUUUUCUGAAAUUAUAAAGUUACCUCUAGAAGAUAUGAGGCAAAAUUGGUUGGAGGCUUUGCCUAAAAUUCAAAAUGUUCAACGAUUAUCCGCAAAAAAUCUCACUGCCGACGCCCAGACAAUGUCUGUCUUGUACCAUCUUCCGAAACUAUUUUCAAAAGCGAAAGAAAGUGGAAAAAUUCUAAAUUGUUAUCGUAAUGGAACGCCAAUCGAGGAAACUGUUCCCGAUGUAAAUGAGGCCCCACAAUUAAUAGCCAUCGCAAAUGGGCCAUUAAGUGAAUUACAAACAAUGUGCUAUAUUGAUGGCAUUCCCAUUUUUGAGGCUCAUGGUUGUGAAGCAAUAUUUCUAUUGCUAGCAGUAUAUUGGUGUUUCCAAGUUCAGUUCCCUCAAAACGCUAAGCAGCAAUUUGCAUUUAUUGCCAUAGCUGUUUUAAAAGACGUGGCAAUUAGGGACAUUUCCGCAGAUAUUUUAAAAAAAAUAACUUUAACAACUGUUUUAAAAAGUUGCGAUUUAUUACCCGCAAUGUCAGCGAAAAAGUAAAAUUAUUUCAAAGGGAUAUUUCAUCUUAAAUGUUUCAUAAAAAAAAUUAUUAUUGUUUUUCUUCCAUAUUUUAUCAUAAAUGUAAAAGUUUUAUUUAAAUAUCUUUCGUUGCGUUCUAUUUUUUCAUU